AUGGCUGCCCUUCGCACGACCUCGCGCCUGUUCGCUUCCUCGAAGCCGCUGUUCCGCCCAGGCGCCUUUUCUCGCUCCUAUGCGACUGUUGACGCCCUUUCCCAGGUGAGCGCAAGCGGCCACGCGAGCAGCAAGACCAUUCCCGAAUCUAAGACUUCGAAUGUGCAGGACCCUAGCCCC